UUUGUCAGUAACCAUCGGACCGCGGUACGGGUGUGUUGUGCUGUUAAUAUACGCCGGGUCAUAUUAUAGGGUAUGAAACCUCGCGGUUUUUGUAACUUCCAUAAAAACUGAAGUCUACGCGAAGUUAAUUGUUUUUUUUAUAGUGACGUGUUAUUAAUCAGUAAUACCUACGUAUGGUUGUAACUUCGUUGAAAUCGAUUUAUUAUUGAGAAUAAAUCCUAAGUUGUGUGAAAUUGUGAUGUGCGUGGUGCAUUAGCGCUCCUCGAGUUAUGUUUAUCAAGGCCGCGCCAGUGGUGGCCGAAGAGGAGCGCCGUGGUUCAGUGUCCAAUUGGUUUUCGUCGUUGAGACGUGGCGGUCGACGCAAACGCGAGGACAGUGCUGUUCCGACCGGCUAUGGCUCAUUAGGCAGAAGGAAGGAUGGCACCCAGUCUCGCAGCAAGACGAGGUCGGCCUGGGAUCUAACCACCGUCACCAGACUGCAACUCAAAGAUGAGCUCGGUGAGGUGGUGGCAGAACUGGAGGCCCUCGACGGGCAGGAGGAGUGCAAGCAAAAUAGUAAAGCCAAACAGAUGAGCAUAGGCAGGAAGAAAUUUAAUAUGGACCCUAAGAAAGGUAUCGAAUAUCUAUAUGAAAAUGGACUAUUGCAAAGAACGCCGGAAGACGUAGCACAGUUUCUCCAUAAAGGAGAAGGGCUCAGUAAAACAGCGAUAGGAGACUACCUCGGCGAGCGCUCGGACUUCAACGAGGCGGUGCUCCGGGCAUUCGUCGAGCUGCACGAUUUCACGGACUUGAUACUUGUACAGGCGUUAAGACAAUUCCUAUGGAGUUUUCGUCUGCCCGGUGAAGCGCAAAAGAUCGACCGCAUGAUGGAGAGUUUCGCUCAACGCUACUGCCAACUGAACCCCGACAUAUUCACGAACGCGGACACGUGCUACGUGCUCAGUUUCGCGAUAAUCAUGCUCAAUACGUCGCUGCACAACCCCAGUGUGAAGGACAAGCCCACGCCGGAACAGUUCGUAGCCAUGAACCGCGGCAUCAAUAACGGUGGCGAUCUACCUCAAGAAUUGCUCUUGUCUCUAUACGAGUCUAUAAAGACGGAGCCGUUCAAAAUACCAGAAGACGACGGUAAUGAUCUCAUGCAUACCUUCUUCAAUCCUGAUAAAGAGGGGUGGCUGUGGAAACAGGGUGGCAGGUAUAAGUCCUGGAAGAGACGAUGGUUUAUACUAAAUGAUAACUGUCUUUACUACUUCGAGUACACGACGGACAAAGAGCCGCGGGGCAUCAUUCCAUUAGAAAAUAUAUCUGUCCGCGCUGCGAGCGACCGCCAGCGCCCGCACUGCCUCGAGCUGUACGCCAGCGGCGGCGCCGACCUCAUCAAGGCUUGCAAGACCGACUCCGAAGGGAAGGUUGUGGAGGGCAAACACACCGUCUACAGAAUGUCUGCGGCUACUGCUGAAGAACGCGACGAGUGGAUUGAAUGCCUACGGCGCUCAAUAAGUCACAACCCAUUCUACGAUAUGCUCGCACAACGAAAGAAGAAGGCUCAGCACAAUUUGCACUCCGGCUCGCACUAGCGCGCACCAGCCCGCACCAGCCCGCACCAGCCCGCACCAGCCCGCACCGAGCGACCCCUAGCGCGCUAAGCCCGCACCGUUGGUACCUAACAUAAAACUAGUGAACUGUACAUGAGUUGAACUCGGCCUACCACGUUUUAGAACACCAAUUUUGAUUCGUAAGAAGCUAGAGUUUCUUUUUCGAACUAUACACGAUGUUAUAGCAUCGAAGACUUGUUAGCUACUAGGGGGUGUUGUAUUCUGAUAAUAUGAGAAAAAUGGGCAAAUACAGAAUAAAGUUCGUUGUUAAGAUUUAUGUGUAAAUAAAUAAUUGAAAAAGUGAUCACAAAUUAAAAGUGUAAGUGCGGUCACAAAAUGGAUUGGAACUGAAGACAUUCUGUUGAGACAACUUUUUGAAUUUUAUUUCUUAGUUGUCAAUGAUGAAAUGAAAAUGGUUUUACAUUGAUCAGGCAGUCGGAGUGAUAUAUACAUUAUAUGUAUCUUAAAAUAUACGGAUUGGCAGAGUACAAGGAUAUUCAUUACUAUGAUUUUACUUAUGAUAUUAAAACAAUUUUGGCCAUCGGUGCAAAUCAUAUAAAGAAAUAUCUUACUUGGUAUUAUUACGGAUUAAACUUAAUUGAUAUUAUUUUUAUUUUAAUAAGACUAACGUUCGUUCCCUGGACUACAUUGUCAUGAAUGAGAUGUGGAGAACAGAGUCCAGUACAUAUAUACUUGUAUUUCAUUAGAUAUAUUAUUAGCAGAUUUUGAAGCCGCGUUUGUUGGCACCGAAACUAGUUAACGGAGUCAAACAGUUGUCAAGGUCCUUGUUACUGUUUAUUUAUAACACUGAGUGUAAAUUAAACAAUAUUUAUACGUUUUGCACUGAUGACCUGAUUUAAAGAUUACAUCAAAUCAUGUUCAAGAUGUAGACGUCCAUCUAGUUAUAGUGGCAUGUCUUUUAAUUGAUUUGUUACGGAUGAAACCUGUUGCAGGAUUGCUAAUAUAAUUAUACAAUGAAAAGUAAUAUUACUUAUUACUCUUAUACACCAUUCUGCCAGCGAGAUCGAUCUUGAUGACUAUUAUAUGUAAUGAAAUGUUAACAUUAUAGUCAAUAAGUUUUUAGUUAUUAUGCAUCAGGUUUUAUUCGUAACAAUGAGACAACAUGAAUAAAAUUGUGAUAUUUACAGCCAAUUCUACGACAAGUGAUUAUAGUUGUAGUGGAACGAACAAUAUGUUCAUACAUCAUGGGUCAUAGCUCAUGGUCGGUGUUUAUUGUCCAUGUAAAUAACAAACGCAAGACUGAAACAUAUGUAAACUAUUGCAUCUUGAAUCGAUUAUAUCACAAAAUAAUUAAAUAGUAUUUCAUAUUGAAUUUAUAUUCUUCUUUUGAAAUUUUUAAACCGGUCUAAUUGAUCAAAUUGUUUAUUACUUCUCAGUCGUAUGAAAUGUUCGUUUAUGUUUUAAGAAUGUUGGUCGUUUUAUGACAUGAUCGAUGAGAGAUACCGUGGAUUACCGCCCUUUUAUUGUAAUUAUUUGCGAUUUCUUAUUUGAAGUAUAGAAUGUGAUUGAUUUUUUCGUAAAUAUAUAGAUAGGAUUUUACAAAUUUAUUGAUGCUUCUCGUUGCUUUGACAAUAAUUCGUUUGUUACAAUGGUUUACCGUAUAAAGGUCUAACCAUAGGAUUAUGAUACCAUAAAUAUACACAAUAUAGUAUAUCAUUAGUUGAAAUUUGUAUUCAUUGAAAGUAUUACAUCAUGUAAAAAAAUGAUUAGUGUAGCAGUAGCUUUAUUAUAGUGUAAUAUAGUUAUAAUAAAUCUUAUAAUGUAAAUAUGGCUUAAUAGUUGAUUUGAUUAGAACGUAAGAGGGUUAGGAAAUUGUUCAGAAUAUGUUGUUUUAUAUUUCUUAUAUUAUUUUAAGAUUCAUACAUGAAUGAGUCAUUUUUGAAUUAUAUUUUUAGUAUAUGAAUUAUUUAUACAUAUAGCUGGAUACAAGAAGAUUUUUUUCAUCAUGUAGUAUAAUUGAUACUUGGGAAUACAUUUUUUAUGAACUUACUGGUACCGCUAAACAAAUAUGUUAACUAUAUUCCGUAUAAUGAUUAUAACAAUGUCAUUCAUUCAUUCAUACACACAUUUACAAUUAAUACUCUCGACGUAUACAAUCUUUAGUAAGAACUUAAGUAUCUGAUGUAAUCUUUCAUAAAAAAUAAUAUUAAUGAAUGAAUAUUAAGAACUGACGGGCAGUUUCUGUGCGUACUAGUUAAUCUGAGCGGACCAAAUAAUUCAUUUCUUGAUACAUUUUCAGAUUAUCAAUGUUAUUUGAUACUCGUUAUUUAUUUCGGUCCAAACGAUUUAAACUCGUAUACAUACAUACAUAAAAAUACAUUUAUUUAUAAAUACUUUUACUUACUUUUCAUUUAUAACUUUUCUAAACACAAUAAAGUCGCUCUGUAUUUUUCACAUUUUACUUUAUAUAAGACUUACGUAACUUGGGGCCGAAAUUAAUAAUAGCUUAGUUAUUUGUGUGUUGAAGGCAAAAAGAAAAUUAAUUUUGUUUCGUUGCAAGUUUAAAUGAACAUUGUUUAUUGUUAUGCAACAGUGUGUCAGUCGAAAACUUUUGUAUCGUUAUAAGUAUGAGAAAAAAUGAGUAAUUUAUUUAUAUGUUGCUAACUAUUCAUUGUUCCAUGCAAUAUUUAACGUCACUUGCUUAAUGGUAGCUAUUGUUUGCCUAUAUAACUAAUAAUAUGAAAAAUUGACACAUUUUUGCAUAACAUAUUGAAGAAAAUGUAAAUAAGAUUUAUAAUAAAGUCUAGGUUAUAAUCACAUAUUUAGGGAAAGGUGCCUAACGAUCUGUAAUUAUUUAAGUUAGUUUAGUUACAAUAAAGCUGUGUAAAUUUGCGUAAAUAUAUUAAUUUAUCUCAAUCGUAAUUGUAAUGAUUUAUAUGACAACGGAUAUGUGCAUAAUAAUGAUGUAAAUAAUUUUGUAUGAAAGAAAUACAUUAUUAUCAUUAUUUA